AUGGCAAAAAAACAGAAGAAGUCAACAGAGAAAGCGGAACGAACGGUUGAGUUCAAAGAGCCAGAAAAGCCAUCGAAGAGUGAGGAGAGAUUAAAACCAGCCGGACGUGGAAUGAAGCCAUCGCCAUCCCUGAAUACAUUAAAUCGAAUGGAACGAGAAACGAUAGUAAUCUGGAAGAAACCAAUCACAACAAUCUAUUAUGCACUGAUGGAAAUAUCGAAUCUCGGAAUUGAGUUAUUCUUCAAAAUACUCUCUCACAAACUUCUUCUCGUACUGACAUUCAUCUCAAUCGGAUUAGCAAUUUACGGGUAUCAUGCACCUGGAAGGCAUCAGGAACACGUACAAACUAUUGAGAAACAUAUCCUUUGGUGGUCAUGGUGGGUACUGUUGGGAGUACUGUCAUCGAUUGGAUUAGGAUCUGGUCUGCACACGUUUUUGAUCUAUUUGGGACCACAUAUUGCGGCCGUGACAAUGGCUGCUUAUGAGUGUCAGAGUUUGGAUUUCCCGCAGCCACCGUAUCCAGAGAGUAUCCAAUGCCCAUCGACCAAAUCUAACAUCGCUGUCACAUUCUGGCAAAUCGUCGCCAAAGUUCGUGUCGAAUCACUUCUUUGGGGAGCUGGAACUGCUCUCGGUGAGCUCCCACCGUAUUUCAUGGCUCGUGCCGCCCGAAUCUCUGGACAAGAACCAGAUGAUGAAGAGUAUCGAGAAUUCUUGGAAUUGAUGAAUGCGGAUAAGGAAAAAGACGGAGAACAGAAGUUGAGUAUGGGAGAGAGAAUCAAGAGUUGGGUGGAACACAACAUUCAUCGAUUGGGAUUCCCGGGAAUUCUUCUGUUUGCAAGUAUUCCGAAUCCAUUGUUCGAUUUGGCUGGAAUCACUUGUGGACACUUUUUGGUGCCGUUCUGGAGCUUUUUUGGAGCAACUUUGAUUGGAAAGGCUCUUGUUAAGAUGCACGUCCAGAUGGGUUUCGUCAUCCUCGCCUUCAGUGAUCAUCAUGCGGAGACAUUUGUCAAAUUACUCGAGAGAAUUCCCGCUGUCGGACCACACAUUCGUAAACCAAUCAGUGAUUUAUUGGAGAAACAGCGGAAGGCACUUCACACGACACCAGGACAACACUCUGAACAGAGUACGUCACUCCUCGCAUUCGCCCUCUCUGCAAUGGUCACCGUCAUGAUUCUUUUCUUUUUCCUGUCAAUUGUCAAUUCUUUGGCAAAAGACUAUCACAAGAGACUAUGGGAACGAAAACGUCGCCAGAAUAAGGAUUUGAUAGACGAGGAGAAUCAGAAGUUGGAAGAUUCAGAAGAUCUGGAUUCAGAAGACAUGGAUUCAGAAGACGUGCCCCCAUCAAUCACCCCGUCAUCGUGUCCUCUGCUGUUAUCCGAGGAAUUUGAAGGCGUAGUCGUCAAAAAAUGA